AUGAAGAAGAUGACCAACCCGAUGGCGGCUCCACACCGAGUCCCGGUAGAGGCUCCCGACUGGCCGACAGUCUUCAAGGACCCCACGUUACCCACGUUCAUCGACGUGGGGUGCGCGAAGGGGCGGUUCCUGCAGCGCGCGGCGACGGUGGAUCGCGAGGUGUUCGAAGCCGCGCACGGCCGACACAACCUGCUCGGGCUCGAGAUAUACCCGCCGAUAGUCGAAGACGCCAACCUGUGGACGAGGACCCACGACGGUGCCGGCGCGAUCGGAAACCUUCACUUCGUCGCGUGCAACGCCAACGUGAGCCUCGCGGGGAUGCGGGUGCCGAACGUCCGGAUGGUCUCCGUGCUAUUUCCGGAUCCGUGGUCCAGGCGUAAACACGCGGGCAGGAGGGUGGUGACGGCGCAGUUCGUGAACACGCUCGCGAGCGCACUUGUCGAGGGCGCCAGGGUGUACUGCUGCAGCGACGUGCGGCCGCUCGCGGCUGAGAUGCAGGCGCUGUGGCUUGCCGCGAACCCGAUGGGAGUCCCCACGGAGAGGGACCUGGUGUGCGAGAGCAAGUGGCGACCGGUGUACCGGUUCGUGGUGCGCAGGCUGUGA